AGAAGUAGGAGGAGCAGAGAGUGAGUGAGAGAGUGGAAGAGAGAGAGGAACAUCAAUGUGAGACACAAUAAUUGUUUGCCUCCCCCAUGAUGGGGUCCGAAUGAACCUGCAACCCAGGUACAAGCCCUUGACGGGAAUCUGCGACCGACCCUUCGAUGUGAGGGGCGUCGCUUUAAACCACGUAGCCACACCAGCCAGAGCAGCAAAUGUCUUGUUUUGAAAUUAAUUCCUGCAUUCUAAAGGAAAAAUAAGUUUGGUUGCAGCACAGCUACACUCUAGAUUAAUUCUGAUAGUAUACAUCUUCUUGGGACUUUGUAUGCUGACCCCCUGUGUCCCGUGUGGAAAUUGAGACAACACAAAUAUUUUGACUGAGGCUUUGAUCAAGCAAAUGCUAAAAAGCCACGUAAAGAUCCCUAACAGUCAUUUCUCAACAGUUAUAUAGUCAACUGAUGUAACGAUGGUCCUAAUAUUAGGACGAAGACUAAACAGAGAGGAUCUCGGGGUGCGUGAUUCCCCAGCAACUAAGCGUAAAGUCUUUGAAAUGGACCCUAAAUCUCUGACAGGCCAUGAAUUUUUUGACUUCUCUUCAGGAUCAUCCCAUGCUGAAAACAUACUCCAGAUAUUUAAUGAAUUCCGAGAUAACCGAUUAUUCACAGAUGUUAUCAUUUGUGUGGAAGGGAAAGAAUUUCCUUGCCAUAGAGCUGUUCUGUCAGCCUGUAGUAGCUACUUCAGAGCUAUGUUUUGUAAUGACCACAGGGAAAGCCGAGAAAUGUUGGUUGAAAUCAAUGGUAUUUUAGCUGAAGCUAUGGAAUGUUUUUUGCAGUAUGUGUAUACUGGAAAGGUGAAGAUCACUACAGAGAAUGUACAGUAUAUCUUUGAAACAUCAAGCCUCUUUCAGAUCAGUGUUCUCCGUGAUGCAUGUGCCAAGUUCUUGGAGGAGCAACUUGACCCUUGUAAUUGCUUAGGAAUUCAGCGCUUUGCUGAUACCCAUUCACUCAAAACACUCUUCACAAAAUGCAAGACUUUUGCAUUACAGACUUUUGAGGAUGUGUCCCAGCAUGAAGAGUUUCUUGAGCUUGACAAAGAUGAACUUAUUGAUUAUAUUUGUAGUGAUGAACUUGUUAUUAGUAAAGAGGAGAUGGUUUUUGAAGCUGUCAUGCGUUGGGUCUAUCGUGCUGUUGAUCUGAGAAGACCACUAUUACAUGAGCUCCUGACACAUGUGAGACUCCCUCUGUUGCAUCCUAACUACUUCGUUCAAACAGUUGAGGUGGACCAAUUGAUCCAGAAUUCUCCUGAGUGUUAUCAGUUGUUGCAUGAAGCAAGGCGGUACCACAUACUUGGGAAUGAAAUGAUGUCCCCAAGGACUAGGCCACGAAGGUCAACUGGCUAUUCUGAGGUGAUAGUUGUCGUUGGCGGCUGUGAACGCGUUGGAGGGUUUAAUCUUCCAUACACUGAGUGCUAUGAUCCUGUGACAGGAGAAUGGAAGUCUUUGGCUAAGCUUCCAGAAUUUACCAAAUCAGAGUAUGCAGUCUGUGCACUAAGGAAUGACAUUCUUGUUUCAGGUGGAAGAAUCAAUGGCCGUGAUGUCUGGAUUUAUAAUUCACAGUUAAAUAUUUGGAUCAGAGUUGCUUCUCUAAACAAAGGCAGAUGGCGUCACAAAAUGGCUGUCCUCCUUGGUAAAGUAUAUGUUGUUGGAGGCUAUGAUGGGCAGAACAGACUUAGCAGUGUAGAAUGUUACGAUUCCUUUUCAAAUCGAUGGACUGAAGUUGCUCCCCUUAAGGAAGCAGUGAGUUCUCCUGCUGUGACUAGCUGUGUAGGCAAACUGUUUGUGAUUGGUGGAGGACCUGAUGAUAAUACUUGUUCUGAUAAGGUUCAAUCUUAUGAUCCAGAAACCAAUUCUUGGCUACUUCGUGCAGCUAUCCCAAUUGCCAAGAGAUGUAUAACAGCUGUAUCCUUAAAUAACUUGAUAUAUGUUGCUGGUGGACUGACCAAGGCAAUAUACUGUUACGAUCCAGUUGAAGAUUACUGGAUGCAUGUACAGAAUACAUUCAGCCGUCAGGAAAACUGUGGUAUGUCUGUGUGUAACGGUAAAAUAUAUAUCCUGGGUGGAAGACGGGAAAAUGGAGAAGCCACAGACACUAUUCUCUGUUAUGAUCCUGCAACAAGCAUCAUCACAGGGGUAGCUGCAAUGCCCAGGCCAGUGUCCUAUCAUGGCUGUGUGACUAUCCAUAGAUACAAUGAGAAAUGCUUUAAGCUCUAACACCAGGAUGCUUCACCCAAGAAGCCACACCGAUCCAAGAUGAGAGGUUUCAAAAGCUCCAGAGUGGGACCUUGGCAUAUCUCCUUUGUGCCAUAUGCACAAAAAGUAAAAAUAGUAAUCGUGGUGCCUUUCUCCCCAAAAUAUCAGUCUUUCAAACUGUAAUAAAGCCUUCCCUGCAAUUGGAAAAUAAAAGGGGCUUGGGUUGUUGUUGAAGAUAAUGGUGUUGCUUGGGCUUUGAAAAUGCAUCUUUGUAAAUAUUUGUGAGAAACCUAUGUGGAAUAGGAACUACUGUCUGAUUACCUUUUAGGAACUUGUGAAUGGUCUCUUCAUUUAUGUAUGUUUAUCUGAAAGACUGUAUAUUCCUUAUUUUGUCACAUAGACAGAUAGAAAAUUGCAUGACUUAAGGCUUCAUUUAGGUUGAAUCACGUAAUGCUUACACCACAUCCUAAGGAGGAAAAAUCAGUUUUCAAAAUCUUUGUCACUAAAAAUAUAUUCCAACUGAUUAAUUUUAUUGAAAGGACUUUUUCUGUAAUUGAUAAAAAUGUGAUGACAGCAAUUUGAGUAAGAUACCAAAUUAUUACUUCAUGCUUAGAAUUGCUGUCUUAUAUUAAACGUAUUCUUAAGAAGAGAUUGGGUAGAAGAUAGAAAAGCAGAUGCCAUUAAAAUGACAGGUUACUUCAGUAUUUAGCGUAUCAUCUCUAAUGCCUCUUAAAGAGGUCCUUUUUCGUGAACCUGGCAAAGGAGUUGAAAUCCAUUUUGUAAUAUUGCCCUGUGAAAAGCAGGGACAGAUCUUCUCCCUAGCCCAGUAGGAUUUGACCUCAUUACUAUGGUGCUUUGGGUGAGGACUUCGCCCCUGGUUAUCCUACUUUCAUGUGACCAGCUAAAGUCCUGGGAAUCUCUACAAUUAAGUUGUCUUUAAAGGAUAAACCAGGGACCACCUAGCUGGGCCCAUUUUUCUUUUUAAAUUAACUGUCUGAAUAAACUAAUGGCAGUAAUUGCAGUCUUCUAAUCUCAUUUGGUACCAUUGUGUAAAUUAUUGAUCAAAAUUCUCAGGCUUCUAUACAACAAAUUGCCUUUGUCUAGAUUUUUCAACUCCAGUUUAUAAAACUUAACUAGUAUUCAGGGAUGAACUUAAAAUUUCUAAGGCAAUUUUUUAGAAAUUUGUUUAAACAUGACCUCAUACCAAUGGAGCAACAGGAACUACAGCGUAAGUGACUAUUAUUUCUCGGUGGACCGGUGUAAUUUACAACAUUUUAGGGAUGUUCUAGGUAGCCUGCUAUGUUUCAACUUUCCAGGCACUAUUGUCUUCUUACAUUAUAAUUAAUAUGGUCCUUGUCAUAGGAGAUAUGAUGCAAAUACAUGUUUGGAGUGUCAUCACAUUUCUGUUAAAACCAAUGUAGUAAUAAAAAACUUAACAUUGAUAAUCUUAUUUUUAUUAUCCUAGAAUGAUAACAGAGAUUUCAAGUAAACUAUAUGGCAUCAACUUAAAUGCUUAGCUGGAAUCAGAAUUCUGAGGAAAACUCUAAAAAACUUACAAAUUUUUAGGGAAAUUUUACUUUUCAAAUCAUAAUUUUUAAUGAUAUAUACCUUCUUGUGAUAAUUAUCAGAGCAAUUCAGAAAACAACUUUCUGUCAUUUUAAUUGAAAAAUAAUUGUAUGUACUAUUAGGAUACUUGCUUUAAUUUUUGAGUAAAUAUCUACUUUUGCAUUAUAUCCUUUGUAUAGAUAGUGGUAUCUAUUUAGUUCAGAAAUUCUUUGCAGUAUAUGAGAUAAUGUAUGAGAAAAGUGUAAAUGCUGAGGAUUAUACAGAUGAUUCUUGUUACUUCAUGUUUAUUUCUAAGAUCAUGCCCAUUCAUAAAUACAGACAUUUCACAUAAAAAAUAUUUUCUCAAGGUAACUUGUAUUCUGGUACUUUUAUCUAUUGUAAAAGUAUAUUAACUAUUGUAUUUUGUUAUUCAUUUAUUUUAAUAUCCAUAUGUUCAUUGUAGUAAUUUGAAAUGAAAUUCAAUAGAACAGAAUUUGUUUAAACAUGACCUCAUACCAAUAUUGUUUAAUUUUUUCUACAUAAUUUAAACUACAUCAAUUAAGUAUUCAAACCAAGAACUUAGUUAUACUAGGAAAUUAAAUAACUAUUUUUAAAGUUACCCAAAUGAUAUUUUAAUUUUCUUUAAUUAUUUAUCUUCCUUUACUGAUUCUUGGUAAAUAAUGGUGUUAGCAUUUUAAAAAAAUUUUAGGAUAUAAUUAGUAUAUAAAAACGGAUAUGAUAUAUCUACCAAAUUGGUCAGAUUAUAUUCAUAGUGUCAUCACAUAGUUGACAGAUUUUCUUUUGAUGGGUAAUGCUCAUAUAAGCCUUUGGGUUAGUGUGUAUGUAUAGCAUACAUGUGUAUGUAUGUAGAGAGUAUGGCCAUGUGCACACAUAUAUACCAGUACAAACACCAAGAGUUGUAUAAGUUUGUAAUGAUCAGGAAAAAAGCACAUAAAUUAAAAAAUAAUUGACCUUAUUAAAUUCCAUUUCAGAAGAUUUUUUAUUUGGGAAUUUCUAGAUUACUUUUUUACAUUUAAAAAUACAUGAUGAGUAUUAGUAUGAAUACUUGUAUGUAGCCAGAAUCUACAUAAUGCAUAUGGUUUUACAAGGUCAGAAAACAAAUUGAAGGUGGAGAUGCAUUUGCUAAACCCACUGAGUGGGGAAGGGAAUUGAAAGUAUGUUUUGUGGAUCAACAGAAAAGUACAGUUUGUUUUUUCAUGAACUUUAAUCCUUUUCCAUGUGUGAGUGAACAAUAGAGUGGUCUAAUUUUUACCACAGAAGACCUUCCUUUUCUACUCUAAUCUUCCCACUGACUUGACUGCACAGGUAUGAAUUGGUAGCCUGUUGGAUUUUAAAUAACCUUUUUUCCCCUAGAUGACUAAAAUAUAGAUAUUUACUCCAUUUAAACAGGUGUUUAAGAAAAAUGAUGUAUAUACUCAGGGAGGGUAUUAAGUUAUCAUUUUUGCUUAUUUGGGGGGUUUAAAGUGCCACAACUAGGUAACCUUCAGUUCAUGAUUCUAGAGUAAAUUUAAUUUGAUAAAGGGCUUCACACAUAGCAGUAGUUGAACAUUCAUUCUUUUGUAUUUAGGAAGAUGAAAAUGUUUUGUGGACUGAUACAUUUUCUCUUAGUGAAUAUGAAUUGUUUAUGUAUCUCUACUGUCAAAAACUCUUCUUGAAACUCAGGAAAGACAAAGGUUCAAUUAUACUACUUUUGUCAGUGUGCAAACCAGGUGUGUUGUGUGUGGGGGUUUUUUUCCCCCUGUUGUCUGGCUAUGGCAAUAGAAUUUUUUUUUUUAAUUGAUUUCAGAGAGGAAAGGAGAGGGAGAGAGAAAUAAAAACAUCAGUGAUGAGAAGGAAACAUUGGUCGGCUGCUUCCUGCAUGCCCCACACUGGGGAUCAAGCCCACAACCGAGGCUUGUGCCCUGACCCGGAAUGGAACUGUGACCUCUUGGUUCAUAGAUCAAUGUUCAACCACUGAGCCACGCUGGCCAGGCAAUAGAUUUUUUUUAAUUGCUGUGAGAACCCAUACAUGAAAAGAAAGGGGUCAAGUUGUUCGUGUGUGCCUGUGGUGUCUUGAGAUAUAGAUAUGGAAAAGACAUCUACUCCAGAUUGUAUUUUCAAAGAAUAAAAAUUGCUAUUUAUGUGGUGCCAUGUGAUAAGAUAAUGUCUGUUAAAGGCUUCCUGUGGAUGGCCUUUAUUUUAGUAAACUCAAGACACCAGUUAACCUCAACAUAAUUUUGGCCUUAUUAGAAUUUGUUGUGCAUUAUAUUAAAAGCCAGGUUUACAUCACCUCAACCCAUUAUUCUUUUUAGUUAAGUAAAUAUAUUCACCAUAUCAUGUAACCAGAAUGGGGCAAUUUGUUUGACCUUUAAGGCAGUAGGUUUGACUAGCUAGCUAUACUUAUUGUCAUAUCUAAUGUUACGCACUAGAAACCACUUGAGCCAAGAGUGUGAAUUGAGAAUUCCAGAGACAUUUUCAACAUACUUCAUACAUUUUAAAAUAUUUUAUAUAAAUGUUUUACAUUUGUGUGAUUGCCUAGAUAUUAAAUUUACUUAGUGCUAAAGAUGGUCAUCAUACAUAAUUUUUUAAAACAGCAUUAGUCAUAACUUAUUUUAUAUAUUAUUCCAAAGAAAAAAAUUUUAAUGUUUUUAAAAUGACUGCAUCUGAAUUUGUGCCUUAAGUUCUCCCAGUGCUAUUUCAACUUUUUUUCAAUCUAAAUAAAGCUUAACCUUAGAAAAGUUUCAUAUUUGUUUCCUAUAGAGUAAAUAAACCUCUUAAAAAUUUUUUUUAAUUUUAGUCCUUAAAUUUUUUAAUUAGUACCAACUGUGUGGUUGCUUGGCAGAAUGAGAAUGCUAAGAAAGGUUGUUGGGUGUUUUGAGUUUUAUUAUAUUUUUUGGUGUUUUUUUUUUAAUUUGUUUUUAUACCAAGGUGCUUUUUAAGAUAUUCAGGAAAAAAAACAUCAAUCUUACAUAGAUUAAUAAGCCCUUGUAAACAUCAUUUGCAAUAUCUACAUCCAAUGUCAAAAAAGUAAAUUUUAUUUUUGUUCCUUUAUGUACUGUUUUUUUUUUUCUUUUUUUUCUCUACAGACUUUUUCAGUUAACUUUCUUGGAAAAGUUCUUACUCUCCCCCACCGUCCUCCCUCCCCCCCUCCCCCCACCCGCCAAUCACCCCUCCAUGGUUUCUUCAUUUAAAUUUUUGUUGAAGUUUCUGGAGCUAUCUGAGACAACACAAUCACAGAAUUGAACAAAAGUAUAAUAUGCUUUAGAACUUGUACAGAAUGGCCAAAUGUCAUUUGCCUUCAAUUAGAGGCUCUAGAGUCUUCACAGUGGAGAGAGAAAACAAGGCUUUGUAUUUCUUUGUUCUCAGUUCAGUUGUAGCACAUUAAUACUUACAUGUUUUGUUUAAAUAUAUUUUGUGCAUAGUAUUUUUUAAAAGUUGUAUCUAAUAAAAUGUCUUUUAAACAUUA